AUGAUGAUGAUGAUGCGCCGUGUGAUGUGUGUGUUGGCCGUUGUGCUGUGCACUGUGAGUGUGAGUGGAGCCACAAGUUCUGGUGAGGGAACAAGUGAAAUCGUUGAAGAACUGAAAAACAUUUCUAAUUUGGCACAAAGAGCCAUUCUAUUUGUUGAGAAAAGGGAGGCGACGAAGGUGGAAAUUGUGAAAUUGAAGGCUCAAUGCAGUAAUGCUGCAACAAAUGCUGCAGACUCAACCAGAGAAGCAAGAGAGUUUGUCCAGAGUAUUGAUCAGUUCAUAAAAACUGCGGAGACUAGACCAUCUGUUCUGGAGGCUGAGAAGAAGAAAGGAAGUGCAGUUCUAGAGAAGGUAAAGAAGGCCGCGGCCGAUGCACGAAAUGCCACAAAGUUAACUAAAGCAGCAACAAUUACGAUUAUUGAAUAUGGACUGGCGGCUCGACAACUUUUAAUUGAUUUUAUCUACAAGUAUGAUGAAAUGAACGCAUCCAUGAAAAACACCGGUGAUAGCGAUAAACUAAAACAGUUGGAGACUCUUCAUAAAAAGGUAGAGACGGCAUUCCAUAAUACGAAUCACGAGAGUGUUGCAGAACUCUCGUUAAGUGCUCUCAUCACCGCUGAAGAUGCAGAUGAGGCGGCACAAAAAGCUGAAGCUGCAGUGGAGCCUGCGGAGACAGCUGCUAACCUUUUGGAGAAGGCCUUAGAAAACCUCACUACUGCAAUUUAUAAUGCCGAGGAGAGAAAUAAAGAUGUAACACCAUUGACUGACAGUAGACAGAUACAGCAGCUACAACAAACCAAUGGAGACACCUUAACAGUGAUUGAAGAGAAGGACGGCGAAUCCUCCGGCACAAACCAGGUAUCUACCGUAAGUGAUGCAACUGCCACAGCGGGCUCAGAAAUCAAAGAUUUUUCCUCUUCCAAAGGCAUCACCAACACUCACACCGAAUUAACAAACACAACGGCUUCCAACUCUCCUGCAGCACUUGAUACGAAUAUCAAAGAAGGUUCACAAGAAACCAAUUCCACUACUCUGGCCAGCACUACGAACACUGUCAGCGAAGCAACGGCCACAACACUAUCUCCGAUUCCCGUAACCGACCCACAGAUCAGCAGCAUUGCUUCCACCGUAAAGAACAAGGCUAAUGUUGACAGCAGUGUCAAUCCUCUGUGGAUGCGUACUGCAGCACCGUUUCUGAUUGUGGUUGUGUUGUUCUCCGCUACUGUGUACUGA